AACGAUGCCAUGAAAAUGUUACAAACCAAACUCGAAGGUCUUAUUGCAGCAAUGAAGAAUCGUUCUCCUUCACUUCCAGCCUCUUCUUGCAAGGAACACUACGAAAAAUACAAGUCGACAAAGAGUCAAGUUUACCCCCUAAUAUUUGGUUCACAAAACAUUCCUGUUUACUGUCACAUGGGGAGCUUUGGUUGCGGAGAAGGGGGAUGGACUUUGGCCAUGAAGAUUGACGGAAAGAAGAAAACCUUCCAUUAUGAUUCCAAGUUUUGGAGCGACAAAAAUGUCUUCAACCUUCCCGGAGGAAAGACUGGCUUUGACUCAGAGGAGACCAAAUUACCGACCUACUGGAACACACCCUUCUCCAAGAUAUGCCUCGGUAUGAAAAUCAACCAACAGCUCAGGUUUAUUGUCAUCAACAAGCAAGCAAGCUCUCUCCACUCACUGAUCGCAGAUGGAAAAUACCGCAACACUGCACUGGGUCGCAACACGUGGAAGAAGUUGAUCGGCUCACAAUCCUCCUUACAGGCCAACUGUAACAAGGAAGGCUUCAAUGCUGCGGGCAGUGCCAAAGGCUCUUCCAAAGCAAGAAUUGGUAUUCUUGGAAAUAAUGAAAAACACUGCGCGACCACUGAUUCCAGAAUCGGCUUUGGAACAGGAGGAUAUCAGGAUGACACCAUCACUUGUGGAAAUUCUGCAAUAAAAGGUCACACAUCAGACAAUGGAGAGAAGCACAUCAAAGCUAUGGGAUAUAUCUUGGUGCAGUGACAAGGGAAUCGUUGAACCCUCCGUGAAAUGUCUUUCGAGCAAUUCCCAGAGUGAACUCAAAUAUGUAGAUGUAGAUAUAGGGGUUAAAGCUAUUAAAAAAAAGUCGUUCAAAACUGA